GAGGGGUCACGUGACGGCCGUCAUGGCCGCCUCCAUGGCGGGGAGGGGCAACAAGGCCGGGUCGCUGCUGCGGGCGGCUGGGGGCGGCCUUUGGCGAGCCGAGGCCCCCCGGACACCUAGAUCCCGAGCCCCCUCCCCGCUGCCAGCCAGCGGCUUCCAGACAGCAGGCCCGCACCAGACCGAGGAGGAGACCCCGGCUGAGGCUGUGGUGAACGUGGUCUUCGUGGACCGGGCGGGGAGGAGGGUCCCGGUGAGCGGCAGAGUCGGGGACAACGUGUUACACCUGGCACAGCGACACGGCAUCGACCUGGAAGGAGCCUGUGAGGCCUCCCUAGCCUGUUCUACCUGCCACGUGUACGUGAGCCAGGAAUUUCUGGAUGCGCUGCCCUCACCGGACGAGAGAGAGGAAGACAUGCUGGACACAGCCCCGCUGCUGCGGGAGAACUCACGUCUGGGCUGCCAGCUGGUCCUGACGCCAGCCCUAGAUGGGGUUGAGUUCACGUUACCCAGGGUCACCCGCAACUUCUACGUGGAUGGCCACGUUCCCAGGCCCCACUGACCAGGAUGACCGGAUGCCGCCGGAGAGAGUGUGCUGGCCAGGGCCCCAGUGGAAGGCCAUCCAGUGGAAUAAAAGCUUUUAUUUUCUUUA